AUGUCCCGUGUUUCGCUUACUGAAAAAAUCGGCUUUAGAAGUCAUGCAGGAUUUUUAACUAUAAAUGCUGAAUAUAAUUCCAACCUAUACUUUUGGUACUUCCCACCUUUUAAUGAUAACAUUGGAGCACCAGUUGUAUUAUGGCUUCAGGGUGGUCCAGGAGGAAGUUCAUUGUUUGGCUUAUUUACUGAAAAUGGUCCUCUUAUAGCAAGAAAAGAUGGAUUCUCAUUAAGAAAAUACCAUUGGGCUCAUGAAAAUCAUCUUAUUUAUAUUGAUAACCCAGUGGGAACAGGCUUUAGUUUUACAGAUAAUGAAAAUGGUUACUGUUCUGAUGAAACUUGUGUAGCAAAAGGGUUGUACAACUUUUUGCAGCAAUUUUUCCAGCUUUUUCCACAGUUAAGGAAUAACAAUUUUUUCAUUAGUGGUGAAUCAUAUGCAGGAAAAUACCUACCCUCCUUAGGUAUGGAAAUUCAUCUGCAAAACCAUCGAGGGUUGAAUAAGAUAAACUUAAAAGGGCUAGCUUUGGGAAAUGCUUACUGUGAUCCAUUGAACCAGUUGGAUUAUGGAAAUUAUCUCUACCAACAUGGCAUGAUAGACGAUAGACAAAAAUUAGUUUUUCUCAAGAUGCAGAAGGAAAUAUCUGAUAAAAUCAAGAAAGAGAACUGGGCUGAAGCUAGCAUUCUGAUGAACACUUUAAUGGAUGGAGACCUCACUAACUUCUCAUACUUUAAGAACUAUACAGGCUUUGAUAAUUAUUACAACAUACUAGAGCCUAAAGAUAAUACAAAUGUUAGUAUUUUCGAGGCCCUUCUAAACAGUGACAAAAUAAGGCGCAGUGUUCAUGUUGGUGGCCUACCAUUUCACUCUGGUAAAGAGGUUCAAAUGUGCCUAGCAUUUGACAUUUUAAAAUCAGUUGCAAAAGCAAUAUCAGAACUCCUUUCACACUAUCGCCUUAUGUUUUACAAUGGUCAGUUGGAUAUUAUAGUUGCAUAUCCAUUGACAGAAAACUUCCUACGUAACUUAAACUUCUCAUCAGCAGCGGAAUAUAAAGUGGCUAAAAGAAGAAUCUGGAGGGUUGGAGAUGAGAUUGCUGGAUAUAUAAAGAAGGCUGGUAAUCUCACUGAGGUCUUAGUCAGAAAUGCUGGUCAUAUGGUGCCACAUGACCAGCCUAAGUGGGCAUUUGAUCUUAUAACACGUUUUAUUAAGAAUGAAUUAUAA